CUGUGAGACCACCGUUCCCGUAAGGUGUGUUUGUGAGGUAUCGUUAGCUGAAAAAAGUUCAGGUAUGUUUUCAAAGAUAGUGUCGUUGUCCACCGGGAAUUUGUCGGUAUUUUUUUCGACACCGUAAAGAGUGUCUUAGAAUUUACCUUCUGCAUUAACAUAGUUACCGUUCACCUGGGAAAAUGAGGCGAAAACCUGAAGUUUACGUCUUUUGCGUGCUAGCUGCUAGCCAGAGGAAGCUAACGCACAAUUCGACAACAACCACAAGAAACAAAUACUCCGAGGAGAAAAAUAAUCCCAACAGACGACCACAUCUUUUCCAAACUUUACAAUGGAUUUUAGGAUACAACCAAAGUGGCCUCGCAAGAAAAUCCCACCAACGUCUGUGUCAAGUGUUGUGUUUUACUACAUUAAGACUCCAUUGAACAGAGCAUGAUGAUGACUGACGCCAGUGACAUGUUGGCAGCCGCCCUGGAGCAAAUGGAUGGCAUCAUCGCAGGCUCCAAGGCCAUGGACUAUUCCAACGGUCUCUUCGACUGCCAGUCACCCACCUCACCCAUCCUGGGAGGGUUUCGGGUGCUUCAUCUGCUUGAGGACCUGCGGGGGGCGCUGGAGCUGAUGGACAAUGAAGAAAGAGACAAUCUGCGGUGUCAGAUUCCUGAUUCCACAGCGGAGGGUCUGGCUGAGUGGCUGCAUGGGAGAAUGAGCAACGGUCACAGCCUUGAGUCAGUUUACCAGGAGCGUCUGUCACGACUGGAGAGCGACAAAGAGUGUCUCAUUCUUCAGGUCAGUGUUCUGACGGACCAGGUGGAGGUGCAGGGUGAAAAGAUUCGAGACCUGGACUCGUGCCUCGACCUUCACAGAGAGAAACUGGCUGCCACAGAAGAGCUUCUCCAGCAGGAACUCUUGAACCGAUCAGAGCUGGAGACCCAGAAGCUGGAGCUGAUGACGGAGGUGUCCAGUCUUAAGUUGAAACUGACGGCCGUGGAGAGAGAUCACAGAGACACUGAGGGCUUUUACACAGAAGUAACGGAGCUGAGGUUCAGGGUGACCGACUCGGAGAAUGAGAGGCUGCAGUUUGAGAAGCAGCUCAAAUCAACCAACGAGGAGCUGCUGCUCCUGCAGAGGCAUCUGGAAGAACGGGAGCUGGAGCUGAGGAUCCUGAGGGAGGAAGGAGGAGAGAAGAGAGAGUGUCAGAGCAGAGCUGAGGGAGCAGACAGAGAUGCAGAAAUGAUGAAGAUGAAGAGAGUGCUGGAGUCGCUGACGUCGGCCAAUGAUGACAAGGAAAGACGGAUUAAAGAGCUGGAGGAGUCGUUAACCAAGUGCAGCAGAGACCAGGAGGGGGUCAAAGGUCAUUCACCUGAGACGUCUAAGGAAGACGACUAUGACGUCAUAGACGAGCCCUCUCUUCCCGGAGCCACGGAGGUGGAGGGGAUGACGCUGAUGUCAGAGGGGGGAGCAGGAAGGAGCUUUGGGGAGUCUGCGCCCUGUAUCGCUGUUCUCUCUGAAAUGACUGAGCUGGACAGAGAACGACAGUUACAGGCAGAAAGUUUGACCCUGACCAGCACAGUGGAGCAGACCAACAACAGAGCAGCUGGUUCUCCAUUCCCUCACAAAGGAAACAACAGUACCAGUGAGGAGAGCUUUGGUUCUAAGAAAGUCCGCAGCUCCUUUGGCCGAGGACUUUUGAGGCUGCGUGGAGGAGGGAAGAAGACGAGCAGUUCUCCAAGUCUGGCUGCGCCUCAGCAUAAAACCCCUGAUCACCUGGACCUGGCCGUCGUCGCUGCUCCUCCAAAACCAAGUGUUGCUGAUGCUGCUCCACCGUCUGCAGCAGAAACCAAAAAAAAGUCCAGAGGUUUGAAGAGAUUCUUCGGCAGGUUGAAGAGGAGUCACUCCACCUCCUUCAACCUAGAUGAUUCUGAGAUGGAGUUCAGGAGGGGCGGAGUCAGAGCCACAGCUGGGCCUCGACUGGGGUGGUCACGUGAACCCAAACUCAGCGCUGCAGAUGUUCCUUUCUCACGGUGGAGUAGAGAGGAGGUGAGUGGCUGGCUGCAGGAACAGGGUCUGGGGUUCUAUGCCAUCCAGGGUCAGAACUGGAUCAAGUCUGGACAAACACUACUGCAGGCAUCGCAACAUGACCUGGAGAAGGAACUGGGCAUGAAGCUGCCUCUCCACAGGAAGAAGCUGCAGCUGGCUCUACGGGCAGUGGGCUCAGAGCAGGACCACCAGGGCAGACUGGACCACAACUGGGUGACAAGGUGGUUGGACGACAUCGGCCUCCCUCAGUACAAGAGUCACUUUGAGGAGUCGUGUGUGGACGGACGAGUGCUGCAUCACAUGACCGUGGACGACCUCCUGUCUCUGAAGGUGGGGAGUGUCCUCCACCACCUCAGCAUCAAGAGAGCCAUCCAGGUGCUGCGCCUGAACAACUUUGAAGACAACUGUCUGAGGAGACGGCCGUCUGACGAGAACAAUGUCACUCCAGCAGAGAUUUGUCAGUGGACCAACCACAGAGUGAUGGAGUGGUUACGAUCAGUGGAUCUGGCUGAGUACGCCCCAAACCUGAGGGGCAGUGGUGUCCACGGAGGUCUGAUGGUGCUGGAGCCACGCUUCAACAUUGAAGCUCUGGCUCUGUUGCUCAAUAUUCCUCCCAGCAAAACGCUGCUGCGACGCCACCUGGCCACGCACUUCCAUCUGCUCAUUGGCUCCGAGGCGCAGCGUCUGAAGCAGGAGUGUCUGGAGAACCCCGACUACACCGUCCUCACUGCCACCGCCAAAGUCAAGCCUCGACGCCUGUCCUUCGGUGGGUUUGGAACUCUGAGAAGGAAACGUCAGGAAGAGGGCGAGGAUUACGUCUGUCCCAUGAACGUGGAAAUGCCCAAAAGCAGCAGCUUCCAGAGAGGAGUCAGAGUCCAGGAGGAGAACCUGGAGAAGAGGGAGGUUUCUGAGGGCACGGUGCGACAAAUUGGAGAAUUUUCUGAAGGAAUCAACAACCUGACGAGCCUGCUGAAGGACGACGGGUUUUUCAAUGAGAUGUCGGUGGACCACAAAAUAAACAACAGAGGAGAGAAUCAGAACAUGUGAAGAACAAAGUCAUCGUACACUUUACAGCAUUAUUUAAUCAUCCAGAGUUAAAGCUGUAACCCUGUUCUAUAUUUAUUAAAGCCGAUAGUCAGUCAUGUAUUUCCCCCUACAUUUAUUAGUUAUCAGUAUUGUCAAAUGUUGACACUUUUUUCUUAGCACAUUUAUUGUCUACUUCAUUUUUACCUGUGGUACGUAGAGUUCUCUCUGCUCCUGUACUGACAAUUUUUUAAUAAAACUAUAUAAAUGAAA